UGUGCUGAGUGUGAACAGAAGCGAUAGAGGAAGCAGAACAUUUCUGCAGAAGCUCAGAGAAAUUGAGCAGUGCGUCGUCUGAGUGAUUCAUGAAGCUGCUGAAUGAGAGUGAUGUCCGAGAGCAGCUGAGGAGAGACGGAUGUAUUUUUAGAUCACUGGCUUCAGUUUAAAGCCACAAUCUGCAGCUCAGAGCUUCGAGGCAGCUCAAGAACCAGCUUAACGGCACGAGCUCAAAGGAACAGCGAAGCCUCCUCGCGCUCUGAGAGAACCUCCUCACCUCCAGCGGCUCCAUGCAAGAAGACGACAUGAGCAGUGAGAAGCUCGGGCUGGUUUACCUUCUGACAGGAGGCUGUGGAUUCCUGGGGCAGCACCUGCUGAAAGUUCUGCUGGAGAAAGAGGAGAAGGUGAAGGAGAUCCGGCUCUUCGAUAAGCACAUCGACUCCAGCCUGGAGGACAGGAGCACAGGGCAGGUGAAGGUGUCGGUCACUCAGGGUGAUAUUACGGAUUACCGCAGUGUUUUGGAGGCGUGUCGUGGCGCUGAUCUGGUCGUUCACUCGGCCAGUCUGGUGGAUGUGUGGUACCGAUUUCCGGAGGAAACCAUCCACGCCGUCAACGUCAGAGGAACAGAGAACGUGAUUAAGGCGUGUCAGGAGCUCGGGGUCCAGCACCUGGUCUACACCAGCAGCAUGGAGGUGGUAGGACCCAACGUCAAGGGAGAUGCCUUCAUCAGGGGAGAUGAGGACACGCCUUACAACGUGUGUCACAACAUGCCAUAUCCCAGGAGUAAAGCUGAGGCAGAGAAACUGGUGCUGGAAGCCAACGGUACCAAGGUUGCGGGCGGGGCGUGUCUGUACACGUGCGCUCUGCGUCCCACAGGGAUUUACGGUGAAAACCACCAGCUGAUGAAGGAGUUCUACAUGAUGGGAGUUCGCACAGGCGGCUGGCUUAUUAAAGGCGUUCCACAGAACACCGAGCACGGACGAGUUUACGCAGGAAACGUGGCGUGGAUGCACAUGUUGGCAGCCCGGGCUUUACGUGAGCAUCCUGAGCGACUGGGUGGGGAGGUGUACUUCUGCUACGACGACUCUCCUUACAAGAGCUACGAGGAAUUCAACAUGCAGUUCCUGUCUGCGUUUAACUUCCGCUCCCUGCGCAUGCCGCUCUGUGUGCUCUGGCUGCUGGCGUGCAUUAACGAGCUGCUGCGCUGGCUGCUGAGGCCCGUGUGCAACUUCACGCCGCUGCUGAACCGCUACACGCUGGCCAUCGCCUGCACCUCCUUCACCGUGCGCUCGGACAAGGCGCUGCGCCACUUCGAGUACCGCCCACUGUACGACUGGCAGCAGUGCCAAACUCGCACACAGCGGUGGGUGGACACGUUCCCUCUGGACACCGGCGGCAAGGACAUGUGAGGACGGGGCGUAUCAGGAGACACGAGGACAGGUGGAGACAGAGUCAUCACCUGACAUAAUCAAGAUCAUCAUCAUCAUCAUUCUAUAUACACACACACACACACACACACAGAGUGGACACACAUACCAGGGAUGAAUCAAACGGGAAGGGAGUCGUGUCUUAGUGUUUUAGUCUCUUACUGUCUUAGUCUCUUAGUGUCUCAGUGUGUUCAUGUUUGUCUCUUAGUGUCUUAGUCUUUUUGUCUCUUAGUGUCUGCGUGUUAGUGUUUGUCUCUUAGUGUCUUAGCCUUUUAGUCUCUUAGUCGCUUGGUGUUUUAGUGUCUUAGUCUCUUUGUCUCUUCAUAUCUUAGUCCCUGUGUCUUCAUGUCUUAGUUUCUUAGUCUUUUUUAGUGUCUUAGUGUCAUAGUCUUUGUCUCUUAGUGUCUGAGUCUCUUUGUGUCUUAUUCUUUUAGUCUCUUCAUGUCUAAGUGUUUCCAUGUCUCUGUGUCUCCAUGUCUUAUUGUCUUAGUCUUUUAGUCUCUUAGUGUCUCUGUGUCUUAGUGUCUUCGACUUGUUUCCUGUUUAUAAUAUUUAUGAUAUAAUUAUUGACCUGAUUCCAAAGGAUUUGUAAUCAUUGUGUGGACACACCCAUUUUUAAUCAUCACGAAAGUAAACAGUGCUAAGGAUGAAGAGCUUCAUAACAGAUAUCAACUAACACUGAGCUUUUUAUUUAAUCCUAAUGUCCACAGUCUCUCCGUUAACAUUAUAGUGUUUCUUAACUCAGGACCUGCAAGGCCACAUAACGUCAGGAAGAGGACAGAGAGUGAAAGUUGUGGACUUGUGAACGGACUUGUUUUUGAUCAGUUUGUCUGUAACAGACGUGUUCCCUGCAGUAUGUUUUGCCACAGCGCUGUUGAGUUCUGGAUUCUGAUUGGCCAGAAGGUUCUGAUCGUGUUCUCUAACAGUAAACUGCAUCAGGUUUAAUUCUGUACUUAAUUAUAAGCAUCAUUUCACUCUUACUAACGUUGUUCUAUUCAUGUGUUAGUGUUAAUCUGUGUCUUUAUAACAGAUGUGAAACUCUACCGGAUCUGCAUCAGAGACAAGAUUUACACUUUUCACAUGUGAAGGACAAAACCUCUUCCUACCUCUUUCUCUCCGUCUGUAUGAUUCAGUCACUUUAUUUCCAGGAAUUUCAAAGUCAAGUUUUGUCAGCUGUUUGACGUGGCAAAAAAAAAAUAAGCUCAAAAUUGCUUGUCAUUUUUUGAAAUAUUUAUUAUAACUCUCUUAUCUAUAAUUAAA